AGCAGGAGAGGAGAAGCAGAACGACGUUAAUCCCAACUCUUCUUCCUUUCUUAAAACAUAAUAUAACAUCAUUUACUGCUUCUACUUCAAGAUUAUCUCACUUGAAUAUUAAAAUUCACUGCAAAAUCGAAUACAAAUUUUAUUCCAGUUUUCGUUUCUCUUAAGGUUUUUUUUUGGAAUUAUAUAAUUUAGAAGUUACGAAGUAUGCACCAAAAUCCAAACAGCACAAACAAUCCAGGGCCUGCAACAAAUAGCAAUAAAACACAUAUAGUUUCUUCUCAUCCUUGGUGGCGUGGUAUAGGACAUGAUGGCUUCUCCCAAAAUAUGUUAGGGGAAAGCAUGACAGAUAUUACUACAGAACAGCAAGCUAAUGGUGAUUCAGGGUCCAAAACUAGCAAAUUACAAGUAAAGAGUGGACCGGAUGAGGGAACUGAAGCAAACAGAGAAAUAAAAGUUAUUGCAAUGUCACAGUCAGAUGGAAAAUUUGGAGAACAGCAGUCGCAGCAAUACACUGCAUCCAUUGUGCAUCAGCCAGUGGGUGAAUGCGUUACACCACCAACACAGCUGGAACUUGUUAGACACAACAUUGCAUGCGUAUCAUAUCCAUUUUCCGAUUCAUAUUAUGGGGGAGUUGUGCCUGCUUGUGGACCUCAGGCUUUGGUUCAUUCUCAUUGUGUUGGACUGCAACAAGCUAGAAUGGCAUUGCCUCUUGAAAUGGCGGAGGAACCUGUCUAUGUGAAUGCCAAGCAGUACCACGGAAUUCUGAGACGACGGCAGAUACGUGCCAAGGCUGAGCUGGAAAAGAAACUGAUAAAAGUUAGGAAGCCAUAUCUUCAUGAGUCGAGGCAUUUACAUGCUAUGAGGAGGCCAAGAGGUUGUGGAGGUCGUUUCUUAAACACGAAGAAGGUUGAUGCUCGUGCUUCUAAUGCAGACAGUGGUAACAACUCUACUGUCACAGUUUCAACACAUCCUACUAACUCUACAAGCUCUACAUCAAUGUUCUCCCAGAAUAUGACAAGUGGCAAUUCUUCCAGUGGUCAAAUGCAACAACAUAAAUACUCCACCAGUAAUGGCAGUGGGUGUUACUCACAGCAUCAAGGCUUUCAGUUGUUUAGAUAUAAUCCGCUUUUGGAUGACAGUGUGAAACGAGGAGAUUUUUCUGGACAAAAAAGUGAAAGAAACAGGGCCCUGACUAUCACAUGAACACCUUCCUUGCCACAGGUUAAGGGUCUCUCCAGCAUUGUACACUUUCUAUAUAUACGUUAGUGUUUGUUCAGUACAAGACAAUAUAUAUUAUGUUCCAUGCAUCAUUCCAUCCGGGAAAUUAUCAAAAACAAUUGAUUGGCCGCUGCAGAUUAUGCAAGUGAGAAAUGAGAGUGAAGCUGGAGUCAACUCCAGAGGAACAUUAAUCCAUAUGAUGCUCGGGGUUGAAAGGCAAUUCAUUCUUGGCUUGGUUUUUAUGCUGCUGAAAGAGUAAGAGAGAAAGGUAUGUACGUAGUGAAAUUAGCUAAAUGAGGCAUUAUGUUAUUUUAGUAUCACAUUUUGAUUUGGAUGUACAAACUGAGAGAGAGUAGUAGGCAUUGUUAUUGUUAAGUGGUGAAAUAUUAAAGACUUCGGUUUUUUUUU